AGAAGAAGAUGAUGAAGAGGACGAGCAGCAACAAAUGAAUAAUGAUGACGAGCAAUUUGACGAAGAAUUCAUGGAAGUAGAUAAUGAUCAACACCACCAUUUACAAAAGGAGUUUUCUAUUCCAUACAUGAAGCAAGCUAUUGAUUUUUAUGAUCAGAUAAACGAUAAAACAGGGAGGAAAAGCCAUUCUUGGAAAGCAUUUCAACAUCGUUUUCCAAAAGUGAAAAAUCGUAGCUUUAUAGAACGUUUUCGUAAAUAUUUGGAAAGUAGUGGGACAAAAAAUCAAAAGCUUGAUCAAAUAAAUCAAUAUACAUAUAACAAAUUCAAAAAGGCACGUUCAGAGUUUCAUUUUGUACAUGAUAUUCAUUUAAAAAGAUGGGCUUUACAGAAAGCCAGAGAAAUCAAUGACAGGACAUCUGAAGCAAGUGAUAGUUGGAUUCUUCAUUUCAAGCGUCGGCAUGCAUUAUGCAGCCGAAAAGUAACUAAACUGAUAACACAACGAGAAGUAGUUGAUGCAGAUACUAUCAAUGAUUCAGUAAAUGAUUUCGUAAAUAAAAUUAAAAAACUUCUUCCACAUUAUCGAGGACGAAAUGUUUUAAAUACCGAUCAAACCGGUCUUGAGAUCGAAAUGGUAGGCAAUCGCACUUUGUCAUUCAAAGGUGAAAAGGCCACAUUUGGAAAAGUUCGAUCUGUACAUAAUACAUCACAUAGCUACACUGUUCAAUUCAUUACUUCAUUAACUGAUCAGCCAAUUGGCAAAUGGUAUUUAUGUUUGAAGGAAAAGAAUGGUCAUAUGUCUGAUAAUAUCAAGAAGGAUUUAUUUCAAGCGUCCAGGAAAGUUGACAUCGUCUCUUGUCGAAUAUUGGAUUCACAACGUAUUAAAACCAGCAGUUGGUAA